AUGCAGGACGCGGAGAACGUGGCGGCGACCGAGGACGCGGCGGCCGAGGCCGGGUCCGAGGGGGCGGGCGGGGAGCAGGGCGGGGCGGCGGAGGACGCCGGCGCGGACGAGCCUUCCUUUAGCGACCCCGAGGACUUUGUGGACGACGUGAGCGAGGAAGAAUUACUGGGAGAUAUACUCAAAGAUCGGCCCCAGGAAGCAGAUGGCAUUGAUUCGGUGAUCGUGGUGGACAAUGUUCCUCAGGUGGGACCUGACCGUCUGGAAAAACUCAAAAAUGUCAUCCAUAAGAUCUUUUCCAAGUUUGGGAAAAUCACAAAUGAUUUCUAUCCGGAGGAGGAUGGAAAGACGAAAGGGUACAUAUUCCUGGAGUAUGCGUCUCCUGCCCAUGCCGUGGAUGCCGUGAAAAAUGCCGAUGGCUACAAGCUCGACAAGCAGCACACGUUCAGAGUCAACCUCUUCACUGACUUUGACAAGUAUAUGACAAUCAGUGAUGAGUGGGAUAUUCCAGAGAAACAACCUUUCAAAGACUUGGGAAAUUUACGUUAUUGGCUUGAAGAGGCAGAAUGCAGGGAUCAAUACAGUGUGAUUUUUGAGAGUGGAGACCGUACUUCCAUAUUCUGGAAUGAUGUGAAGGAUCCUGUCUCCAUUGAAGAGCGAGCGAGGUGGACAGAGACAUACGUGCGCUGGUCUCCAAAGGGCACCUACCUGGCAACCUUCCAUCAGCGAGGCAUUGCUCUCUGGGGGGGAGAGAAGUUCAAACAGAUUCAGAGGUUCAGCCACCAGGGGGUGCAGCUGAUUGAUUUCUCACCUUGUGAAAGGUACCUGGUGACUUUCAGCCCCUUGAUGGACACUCAGGAUGACCCUCAGGCCAUCAUCAUCUGGGACAUCCUUACUGGCCAGAAGAAGAGAGGGUUUCACUGUGAAAGCUCAGCCCACUGGCCUAUUUUUAAAUGGAGCCAUGAUGGUAAAUUCUUUGCCAGAAUGACAGUUGAUACUCUCAGUAUCUAUGAAACUCCUUCCAUGGGUCUUUUGGACAAGAAGAGCCUGAAGAUCUCUGGCAUAAAAGACUUUUCUUGGUCUCCUGGUGGUAACAUAAUAGCCUUUUGGGUGCCUGAAGACAAAGAUAUUCCCGCCAGGGUGACCCUGAUGCAGCUUCCUACCAGACAAGAGAUCAGAGUUAGGAAUCUGUUUAAUGUUGUGGAUUGCAAGCUACAUUGGCAGAAAAAUGGAGAUUACUUGUGUGUUAAAGUAGAUAGGACUCCAAAAGGCACCCAGGGUGUUGUCACAAAUUUUGAAAUUUUCCGAAUGAGGGAAAAACAGGUACCUGUUGAUGUGGUCGAAAUGAAAGAAACUAUCAUAGCCUUUGCCUGGGAGCCAAACGGGAGCAAGUUUGCUGUGCUGCACGGGGAGGCUCCUAGGAUAUCAGUUUCUUUCUACCACGUGAAAAGCAACGGGAAGAUCGAGCUCAUCAAAAUGUUUGAUAAACAGCAGGCAAAUACCAUCUUCUGGAGUCCCCAAGGACAGUUUGUGGUGUUGGCUGGUCUGAGGAGUAUGAAUGGCGCCUUGGCAUUUGUUGACACUUCGGACUGUACGGUCAUGAACAUUGCAGAACACUAUAUGGCCUCCGAUGUGGAGUGGGAUCCUACUGGGCGUUAUGUUGUCACCUCUGUGUCCUGGUGGAGCCAUAAGGUGGACAAUGCUUACUGGCUGUGGACUUUCCAAGGACGCCUUCUGCAGAAGAACAACAAGGAUCGCUUCUGCCAGCUGCUGUGGAGACCUCGGCCCCCAACACUCCUGAGCCAGGAGCAGAUUAAGCAAAUUAAAAAGGAUUUGAAGAAAUACUCCAAGAUCUUUGAACAGAAGGAUCGUUUGAGCCAAUCCAAAGCCUCCAAGGAAUUGGUGGAGAGAAGACGAACCAUGAUGGAAGAUUUCCGGAAAUACCGGAAAAUGGCCCAAGAACUCUAUAUGGAGCAGAAAAAUGAACGUCUCCAGUUGCGAGGAGGCGUGGACACGGACGAGCUGGACAGCAACGUGGAUGACUGGGAGGAGGAGACCAUUGAGUUUUUCGUCAGAGAAGAAAUUAUUCCUCUUGAAAAUCAGGAGUGAUCCGAGAGCACUGUGGUAAGACUUUUUCAGACAGGAACAAUUAAUAUCUUCUUGGUUAUUUUUUCUUUUCUUUCUGUUAUCCCACAAGUUAGAAAAUAUCUUGUUUAAGGUAAUGUGUGAAAUUUCAUGAGUUCAAGGUUAGUAAGAUCCUUGCAUGUGAACUGGCGAGAGUAACACGCAAACCCUGGAUGUCCGGAGCUGGGGCUCCUCAUCUGAAAGCUCCGGGCCUCCAGCUCCGGUUUCAGGAAUGGCACCUUUCAAGCAGGGUUUUGUUGUGGAUGAGAAGGAGGGCCGGGGCAGACACUGGGCGGGUGAUGUGACAUGCCUGGAGAAGAGGAGGACCAUCCCCAGGCGGCUUUGUUAGAAGGCCUCGGUGUGUCCAGCAGGGAGGAAAGAUG